AACCAACAAACCAUUUACACGUAAAGAAAACGAUUGCAAACGUAACAAUGAAGAGCUUGUUGGUUUUUUGUGUUUUGGUGCUCUGUGUAGGAUCAACUAAUGCUUGCACAUGUGCUGGUAUACCAACAAACGGAUGCAAUUCACAAUACUCCAUAUUAGGACAGGUAAUAGGACAGCGAGUACUUGAACCUGGAAUAAAUGGUGAAAAUCUUUACUGGGUUAGAGUGUUCCAAAUAUAUAAGGCUGAAAGACCUCUUCCGUACAUUGGGAGUGGCAUUAUACAGAUACGGGCGUAUACCGGAGGUUCACUUUGUGGUGUGGUCUUCACAACAGGGCAACUCUACGUCAUAUCCGGAACCUAUCGUGAUUUUACUUUGGGAGCCAACUCAUGUGCAUACGUCAGACAAUGGGAUCAGAUUCCUCUCUCAGAAAAGUGGAAUCUAUUUUGUAGAAGAUUUUGAUUAAAACCUUCAGUUAUCUAAUCG